AUGGGGCGUAUAUAUGCCCUUUUAACUGGCCCUCGGUUAUAUAGAGUAUUCGGCCAGCCAGAACGUCAACCAAAUGUCGUGGAGUCCAUAGGAAAUUAUUCGAUUCUAUUUUCAGGUUUAUUUUAUUUUUCGACUUCACUAGCAUUUUCUCCUGUAAUUCUGAUCCUCCUUUACACUCGAGGAGCAUUAAACAUUCAUACUGGUUUGGUUGUUUUGAAAUAUGCGACCUAUUUAGCUGUGCUAUUUUUUUUUCAUAAUUGGACCUUUAAGCAAUUAUAUUUAAAGGCGCUCAAGCGUUACGAUUUCGAUCUCGAAGGUGUUAAUGCCGACUUUCACGCUGUUCGAAAUGAAAAUUUAUACUUCCAUCGAGGAUCUUCUAGAGACGCCUGGUAUGCAGUCCACGCUUUCGGUCGGCACAUGCUUUAUCCGGGAUCCGUAUCGCUCUUGAAUUGGCUUUUGGGUGGAAGUUUGUUGUCGGCGAGAAAUUUGAUGGUUUCUGCGAAGCAAGGCAAAAGGGCCUGGUUGAGAACCACUGAAGGCGACCUCAUCGAUACGAUGUAUAUACGUGGAGAUGAUACUCCCGAAAAUCGCAUACUAGUUAUUACUUGCGAAGGAAAUGCCGGUUAUUAUGAGAUAGGGAUUGCCAAUACCCCAGCUCAGAUGGGAUACUCUGUUCUUGGCUGGAACCAACCAGGUUUUGGACAAAGUUCAGGUCUUCCUUUCCCUAAUAACACAUUGGCUGCUGCAGAUGCUGUUAUGCAGUAUGCUCAAAGUGAGCUCGGGUAUCAUGAAGAAAAUAUCGUUUUGUUCGGCUGGUCGAUUGGAGGAUUCCCUGCCAGUUGGCUGGCUGCUAACUAUCCAAAUGUGAAAGCGGUUAUACUCGAUGCGACCUUCGACGAUGUUCUGCCGCUGGCUCAAGCCAGGAUGCCAAAGGUGCUCUCCGAUGUCGUUAAAUAUGCUAUAAGAACCCAUUUCGAUCUUAAUAUAAAAUCCAUCAUCGCAAAGUAUAAAGGGCCUCUGAAGCUCAUUCGUCGACUACAGGAAGAAAUUCUAACCACAGAUGAUACUGGGACGGAAGCACAGCGUCGAGCCAGCAACAGGGCCAACUUCUUACUAAAAAGUGUUAUCCAACAACGGCAUCCAGCGCUUCUGGUCGAUCUUGAUUCGCAGGUUGAUCGUUGGCUAGCAAUGACUCCACAACAUCGGGCCAUGGCUGCGCAUCCGAAAAACGAUGCUGAAAUAACUAUACGCCGCGCACGGCUGUUUGCCGCUUGCGAUCACUACCUCGUCGAUUUUGAUGCUACUCAUGUGCAGCCGCUAGAUCCAGGGUACUUCAACAUUCCUGAGCCGAUUCGCGAUCUCAAAUAG